AAUGCGGCAGCGCUGGCGUCUUGGGACUGAAGUCGUAUCGAGCCAGGAACUGCUAACUGGGCUGACUCGGGCGAUGUAAUAGUGUGCUCUGCCGUCCGGUCGCCAGACAAUUCAUCAAUCGAUCAAUCCGCCCACCCAUCCAUUCGCCCAUCCGUUGUCUGUUUCUUCCUCUUCCUCUUCGCUUUCGCCUGUCUUUCCGCUCCCAGGCUGACUACAACUUCAACGUCAUCCUUCUCUUCGUCGCAUUACCCCCUUAUUUCUUUUUUUCUCUGCUUCCUGGGCGAAGGCAGCCGUCGUCGUUCGUACCGGGCAGCGUUUCUUGCCUCCCGUCGCCCUCCAAGUUUGGAACCGCGGUACUCGGCAACCAGCUUCGAAUAAAUAAUACCUACCAAGAGCACCCCCAGCCGAACCUUGGCCGUAUCUUACGUAGUGCAAAUCUCCCUCUCCCCCUUCCCCUCCUCGUUUUCCCCCUUGCAACCGACAUUUCUGUUGGGGCCACACGUGGGCAUCUGCACGCAUCGAGAGAACCACCUCAGCAGCUCCAUCUUCCGACAUACUUAUAGUAGCACACGGUAGCAGACGGGACGACACUUUUGCAUCGAAUCCCGUCCGAAAGCACAAUAAACUAGAGCCAACAACUCUACAGCACACCCAACACUCAACACGAACGCGUAAUAGGAAACACGGCAAACAUGAGCUCCACCGCCGUCGACUCGUCCUCCGCCGACGCGAUCGCCGUGACCGUGACCGCGAUCUCGGACGUGCCUGCGGGCGAGCCGGAGGGGCCGCUAACGGAGCUGCCGCCGCCGGCCCCGCUGCCCCUGCCUCCGGCGGCGCCGCAGCCGCAGCCGCAGGCGAAGAAGAAGGCGCUGCUGUCGCCCCUCGGCGCGGCGCUGGCGGCGGCGCCCUCGCGCGCGGACGCCUUCCUGGCGCACCUGCAGCGGUGCCUGCAGACGCCGGCGGGGAUCGACAGCACGCUGCUGUUCGCGUGCUACGCGUCGCGGCUGGGGGCGGCGGUGCUCGAGUCGGCGGCGCGGCCGGCGAUCCAGCGGAGCGCGGAGCGGCUGCUGGCGCUGGCGGCGGCGCUGCCGCCGUCGGCGACGCUCGUCUUCAGCGCCAAGGCGCUGCCGUCGCGCGGCGCCGCCCUCGCCCUCGCCCUCGCCGCCCGCCUGCGCGCCCUCAGCCUCGCCCUCACCGAGGGCCGCACCUUCAUGCGCCUCUGGAGCCUGCUCGGCCUCUACUUCUGGCUGCGGCGCCUCGUCGCGAAGUGGCGCGCCCAGCGGGCCGCCAGCCGGGCCGAGAAGGCCCGGCCCGCCGCCGCCGACGACGACCCCGUCGAGACCGCCAUCUCCUGGGCCCAGCUCGCCGCCUGCCUCGUCUUCCAGACGCUCGAGAACGGCGCGUUCCUGUCGGCCAAGGGCGUGCUCGGCUGGCCGGCGGGCGCGCAGGGCCGCGCCGCGCUGUGGGGCGCGCGCUUCUGGGCCGCGUUCGUCGGGCUCGAGCUGGCGCGGCUGGCGCGUGAGGCGUCGCGGCGGGCGCGGCGCACGCGGGCCGAGCGCUUCGGCACCGGCGCCGCCGCGAAGACCGCCGCCGAGGUCGAGCGCGACGAGGCCGAGUGGGCCGCCGGCUGGCGCCGCGCCGUCGCCCGCAACCUCGCCUGGGCCCCGCUGACCCUGCACUGGGGCUCCGAGGCCGGCCUGCUCGGCGAGAUGGCCGUCGCCAGCCUCGCCUGCGUCCCCGGCGUCAUCCAGAUCCGCGACCUGUGGGCCCGGACCGCCGAGUAA